AUGCUGCAGUCUGCUGCGUUGGCUGCGCUGCUGGGCGCUGGGGCUGCCUUGGCGGGUAGCACGACGCAGACGUGCUCGCUCACCAACAAGUGCCCGGAGGAGAGUCCCUGCUGCUCGCAAUAUGGCGAAUGCGGCGUUGGCGCCUACUGCCUCGGCGGCUGCGACCCCCGAAUGUCCUUUUCGCUCGACUCGUGCACGCCCGAGCCCGUGUGCAAGUCCAAGACGCUCACCUUCGACUCCAAGCUGUCCAGCAUCUCCGACAUCAGCAAAUACCUCGGCGACCCGUCCACCGCCGACUGGGUGGCCCAGGGCGAGCCCGCCUACUUUGACGGCAACGUGCUGCUGACCAUGCCCAAGAACAGCGUCGGCACCGUCAUGGCCACCACCGAGUACAUGUGGUACGGAAACGUCAAGGCGCGCUUCAAGACAAGCCGCGGCAAGGGCGUCGUCACGGCCUUUAUCCUGCUCUCCGACGUCAAGGACGAGAUUGACUACGAGUUUGUGGGCGUCGACCUGGGCACCGCGCAGACCAACUGGUAUUUCCAGGGCAUUCCGGACUACGACAACUCCGGCAACAUCACCUCCCUCUCAGACACCUUCAACAACUUCCACGACUACGAAAUCAGGUGGACCCCCGACAACAUCCAGUGGCUCGUCGAUGGCAAGGUCGGCCGCACCGUCAACCGCAAGGACCACUGGAACGCCACCUCCAACCAGUGGUCCUUCCCCCAGACUCCCUCCCGUGUCCAAAUCUCCAUCUGGCCCGGUGGCCUCGCCAGCAACGCCCCCGGAACCAUUGCUUGGGCCGGCGGUGAGAUUGACUGGAACGCUCAAGAUAUCCAAAAGGCCGGUUACUUCUACGCCACCUUUGAGUCCGUCACCGUCGACUGCUACAACGCCACCUCGGGACUUGGAUCCAGCAGCGGAACCAGCUACACCUACAGCAGCAGUACCGGCACCAACAACACCGUCAUCGAUGGCAACAAGCGCACCAACCUGGCUUCUCUCGAGGGCACCGGUACCGACAUGGACGCCGGCAAGCCCGACACCUCCUCGGCUGCUUCGUCCGCCAAGAGCUCCGCCACCAAGUCUAGCAGCAGCCCCAAGAACACCCAGGCCCAGAUUCCAGGUGGAAGUAACGGCUCCUCUGGCACGGUUCCCGGUGGUGAUGAUGGAUCCAGCGGCAGCAACAGUGGUAGCAACAGCGGCAGCAGCAGCGGUGGCAGCGGAGGCAGCUCUGGCGGCAGUGGCUCCGGCAGCGGUUCCGGCAGCGGUUCCGGCGGCACUGCUCCUGCUGACACUUCUAGCUGCUCGUCCUCCAGCUUUAACCAAGACUGCAGCGACAGCAGCAGCAGCAAUACCAAGAGCGGCAAGAAUGCUGGUUCUCAGACUGGCGUGAGCUCCUUGGCCAUGGUCCUGGCCGGUGCUGCGCUGUUUUUGUUUUAA